GAGCCGGGCUGGGUGCAGCUGAGCCUCGGCCCAGCGCAGCGCCGACUCCCCGUCCCCCUCCUCCCCUCCCCCUCCUCUCCCGGCUCCUCUCGCCCUCCCCACCCCAAGGGCUCCCGCUCCGUUUGCUGCAUUCCCGGAGCAGCUGGCGGCCGCGGGCGGCCGGCGUGCGGGCCAGCCUGCCCCUGCCAGCCUGAGCGGGCAGUGCCGGGGCCACGGCGGCAGCGGCCGAAGAUGUGCCCCGCCCGGCGGCUGCCGCGCUGAGAGUCUGAGGCCCCCGCGCCGCGCCCGCCCGCCAUGUCGCAGAUGCUGCACAUCGAGAUACCCAACUUCGGGAACACCGUGCUCGGCUGCCUCAACGAGCAGCGCCUGCUGGGCCUCUACUGCGAUGUGUCCAUCGUGGUCAAGGGCCAGGCCUUCAAGGCCCACCGGGCCGUCCUGGCCGCCAGCAGCCUCUACUUCCGCGACCUCUUCAGCGGCAACAGCAAGAGCGCCUUCGAGCUGCCCGGCACGGUGCCGCCCGCCUGCUUCCAGCAGAUCCUGUCCUUCUGCUACACGGGCAGGCUGACCAUGGCGGCCAGCGAGCAGCUCGUGGUCAUGUACACGGCCGGCUUCCUGCAGAUCCAGCACAUCGUGGAGCGCGGCACGGACCUCAUGUUCAAGGUGAGCUCGCCCCACUGCGACUCGCAGACCGCCAUGAUCGAGGACGCCAGCUCCGAGCCCCAGAGCCCCUGCAACCAGCUGCCGCCGGCCGCCGCCGCGCCGCCCUACGCCGUGUCCCCCUCCGUGCCCAUCCCGCUGCUGACCCGCGUCAAGCACGAGGCCGUGGAGCUGCCGCUGGCCGCCGGCCCGGGCCUGGCCCCCAAGCGCCCGCUGGACUCGGGGCCCCGGGACGGCGUGACAGGGGCAGCGGGGGCGGCGGGCGCGGCCCCUCUCAAGCUGCCCCGGGUCUCCUACUACGGGGUGCCCAGCCUGGCCACCCUCAUCCCCAGCAUCCAGCAGGCGCCGUACUCCCAGGGGGAGCGGACCAGCCCGGGGGCCAGCAGCCUGCCCACCACCGACAGCCCCACCUCCUACCACAACGAGGAGGACGAGGAGGAUGACGAGGCCUACGACACCAUGGUGGAGGAGCAGUACGGCCAGAUGUACAUCAAGGCCACGGGCAGCUAUGCAGUGCAAGAGAAGCCGGAGCCGGUGCCGCUGGAGAGCCGCUCGUGUGUCCUCAUCCGCCGCGACCUGGUGGCCCUGCCCGCCAGCCUCAUCAGCCAGAUCGGCUACCGCUGCCACCCCAAGCUCUACUCUGAGGGGGACCCCGGCGAGAAGCUGGAGCUGGUGGCAGGCUCCGGCGUCUACAUCACGCGCGGGCAGCUGAUGAACUGCCACCUGUGUGCAGGGGUGAAGCACAAGGUUCUGCUGCGGCGCCUCCUGGCCACCUUCUUCGACAGGAACACGCUGGCCAACAGCUGUGGCACGGGCAUCCGCUCGUCCACCAGUGACCCGAGCCGCAAGCCGCUGGACAGCCGCGUCCUGAAUGCUGUGAAACUGUACUGUCAGAACUUCGCCCCCAGCUUCAAGGAGAGCGAGAUGAACGUGAUCGCCGCGGACAUGUGCACCAACGCCCGCCGCGUCCGCAAGCGCUGGCUGCCCAAGAUCAGGUCCAUGCUGCCCGAGGGCGUGGAGGUGUACCGCACGGUCAUGGGCCCCUCGGCCGCCGGCGCGCCCCUGGACCCCGAGCUCCCGCCCGGCGCGGCGCAGGUGCUCGAGCAGCGCAUCUACGCCGAGCGGCGGGGCGACGCCGCCACCAUCGCGGCCCUGCGGACGGACGCCGCGCACGUCGACCUGGGCGCCUCCGCCACCCCCGCCUUCGAGGCCGGCGAGGAGGCCGACGGGGCCGGCUCGGUCAUCCAGGAGGUGGCCGCGCCCGAGCCGCUGCCCGCCGACGGCCGGAGCCCCCCGCGGCCCUUCGAGCAGGGCAGCGCCAGCAGCAGCCGGCCCGCGACGCCGGCCGCGGGGAGGAGACCCGAGGGCCCGUACGCGGGGGCCUUGUAGGAGCCCGAAGCCGCGCCGCGCCCGGGCGGGUGCUGAAGCUGCUUGCAUGCGUUACUAAUACAGACAGAUGUGAUCAAGCCACUUACCUACUGAACUGCUACUGUUGCCUGAGAAAAAUGUGAUUUUUAUUCUGCUUGUAUUUAAAAUUUAUGAAGGAAACAAAUGCACUCGUUAUACUGUAAACGAUUAGGCCACUGGCGACCUAGUUGUGAGGAAGGUCCCAGGGUGCCUUUUUGAUAUUCGAGCGGUUAGUCUCCAAGGUGUAGCUCUCCCUUCCCCACGCGGGGAGAGGGCGGGAGGCCGCCAGGCCCUGGUGCUGGGCCCUGCCGGCCUCCCGCCACCCCCACCCCCACUCCCUCUGCCCGGGACGAAGCCGGAGGCCUGUGGGGCAGGAGCACACGCCUCGGGGCCCUCGUUCCUUUCCCAUGGGGACCCCCCACCCCUCCGGGGCCACGGGCCAGGGCUGGGCCCCCAGGGGCCAAACUCCUUGUUUUCCCUUCUUCCUGAGACGCGGGGGUCAGGCCCGCUGGGUCCGCCGUGCGUGUGGGGUGUGGGUGUGUGUGCGGAGCGUGUGAGCGUGUGCAGGGGCGGUGGUGACGCACGGCGACGCGCUGCGCGGGUCCGUGUGGCUGGAGGACGUGAUCUUGGCCGUGACUGCCCUCCUGCUCUGCGCCCGUGGGGUCUGCCUGACCCCCGCAGCUCCACGGACCCUGGGUCCGCCUGGCUCCCACCUGGCCGCCCGCCCGGCCGCCCGCUAUCCCGUGGGAUGGGGCCGCCGCCCCUGGUGCAGCCCACGCAGCCCUCAGCCACGUCGGGUUUAUGUUUGUUUGUUUGUGUUCGUCUUAAUUCAGAUCUCUUUCACAUACGAUUUGGAAAUUUUCAGACCCAAUAGAGCAAAAAAAUUAGGGAAGGUUGGGGUCCUUGCCCCCACCCACCGUGGCUUGGGGGUGGGUCUCCCUAGAUAUCAUGUCCCCCAGCCGUGGGGCCAGGUCCCACCCACCUCCGGUUGAAGUGCAGCCAGGCUGUGCCGGAGGAAGGGAGCCGGGGGCCAGGCUGGGGCCGGAGCCAGGCCCCCUCGGUGCUGGGCUCCCCCGUCUGUGCUCCGAGCCCUGGGGUGCGCGCCGCUGAGGCUGUGGCUGGGGGCCCGGUGGGCACAGGCCUGAGCUGGGGCGGUUU